AUGUCUGUUGCUAUGGUAAUACAGUGCACUAUUCAUUUACUUCAAUCUAAGAGAGAUUUAAUAAGUUGUUCGUUUAAUUCUUGUUCAAUCACUUCAAUUGUCAAUCAAUUCAGAUUCAGCUGGCAAACUAGUCUCUAUGUUCUCAGGUUCUUCCACUUCCGUAUCCCAAUAAUGUCUGAAAAUUCACUAUGCACUGGUUGCCAACACAACAUGUACUUAAAGACAUUUCAAAUGUACAUGUAUAUUGUACAGCAGCUUGAUAUUCAUUCAAAAGACUGGGGAAGAUGGAACAGUCCAUGUUCUCCCAAAGUUGGACAGUUCACGUGAACAUGUAGCUUAUAAGUUAUAUGGUAGGUGUAUGGUGCAAUGGUAUCAUAUUUCCAAAUGUCAAAAUGCUAAUAAAAUAUGAACAAACAUGAGAUAACUUACAGUUUUGUUUAAUAUAUGCAAAUGUAUUUCCAUACUUCUAUGUUGAACAAAUGCAGUCUUGUGCUGAGCUCCAAGAAAAUGAGCCAUGGAACAUAGUCUUGCACUCAUCUCAAAGGGAACAUUCCAUUGGCUCAUGUGAAA